AUGGAAAAUGGAAAACCUCGUUGUACCUGUCCAACAGAAUUCGAACAACAUCCGAUUACACGGGUUUGUGGUGGUGCUUUAUGCAAUCCACAACUUCUUUCCUCAUGUCCAAGUCCUGAAAUAUGCCAGUUGGCACCACAUGGAAAUCACAGAUGUACAUGUCCGCUUUACUUCGUACGAGACCAGAAGUCUGGUGCUUGCACAAGCAGUCAUGUACCAUCAAUGCCUGGCAUAGUGCCGGAUAUAGAUGAAUGCGGACAAAAAAAACCGUGUAAGGAAAACGAACAGUGUAUAACAUCUUCAUCCGGAAAACAAAUCUGCCAGUGUCUGCCUGGCUAUGUAACUAAUUCAAAUGGUAAAUGCCAAGUAAGCGGAACAUGCGAACCAUAUUUGCCGAAUGCUUGUGAUAAUCGAAGACAUGAAGAAUGCCUUCCGGAUAAUCGUGGAGGAUUCAUUUGUCAAUGUGCCGUCAAUCAAAUCCGGCAUCCUAUCACCCAGAUUUGCUUGGUGGAUGAAUGCGCUGCCAGAACGCAUGACUGUGAUAAGAAUGCGAACUGCAUCGAUACCGAUGAAGGAUAUAUUUGCACAUGCAAAGAAGGUUAUAUAGAUGAAAGUCCGGAUCCAUCGCGAAGACCCGGAAGAGUUUGCCGAUUACAAACGGAUGAAUGUGCUCAGGGCACCCACAACUGUUCAGUAAAUGCAGAUUGCAUUAAUUUGCCGAAAGGAUUUUUAUGUCGAUGUAAAAAUAAUUACGUGGACUUCAGUCCAAAUCCACAAUAUUUUGGUGGCACAUACUGUAAACCGCUAGUAAAUGAAUGUGCCAACAAAUCACUAAACACAUGCAGUAAAAAUGCUAUUUGCAUUGAUACAACGGAAAGUUACAAAUGUCAAUGCAAAGAUGGCUUCAUUGAUCAUGACGAACUUCGAAAUCCGGGAAGAAUUUGUGAAGAAGCAAAUCGCCUCUGUGUAUCAAACCAAAACGAUUGCGAUAAGAAUGCGAAAUGCAUCGAGAAAGGUACAAAUGAAUAUAUCUGUGUCUGCAAUCCUGGUUAUAUUGAUAAAAGUCCUGAAUUAACCAAACCAGGUCGUAUUUGCUUGGAACAUAUCUGCAGUGAUCCAUCAAAACACGAUUGUCAUCCGGCUGCUGUAUGCACCGAAGUUCCAAAACCGGAACGAUAUAUAUGUUCAUGUCGUAAUGGCUAUAUCGACGUAAAUUCAAGCAAGCCCGGGAGAGUUUGCAAAGAAUUGGUGAAUGAAUGCUUGAAUUCAUCAUUAAAUGAUUGUGAUCCAACAGCUACAUGUAGUGACUUGAAAGAAGGAUAUACGUGCACUUGUCCACCGAAUUCUAAGGAUCUUUCUACAGAUAGCCAAAAACCUGGACGGAAAUGUUCCAUU